AUGAAUCCAACAACUGGUCUUAGUACUCAACAUUUCUCCACUACCGAGAAUUCUAGAUCAGGUAAGAUGUAUACUUGUUCAGAAGUUAUAUAUACACUUCUGUGCGAAAGCAAAUUGAAUAAAACUAUAUGUUGAUGCCAGCUAUCUUUCUAAAACAAAAGUUUCUAUAACAAGCCACCUUCCUGACUUAGCAAAGGAAGGGUUUUUUGUUGCAUGGUACAGAUAUUGCAGGGGGGUUGUUGUUUUACCACUACAUUCAUCGGCACUACACAUGGAAGUAUAAUUCAAACUGGGACAGGCUGGGAGAAACAUAAACAGCAUGUUUCGUGAUCCGAGACCUAUAAUAAACAACUCAAAAAUCAUAGUAGAUUGCAUCUAUUUCUAUAUACUUUUUCUACAGUUUCAACAGCGUUGUGUUUUAUAUUAGUUUUAAAUAUUUCUGUUCAGUCAAUGCAGCUGCCAACAAAGAGGAUGUGGUAUCUUUGGUGUCUGGGAUUAUCAUUGGAAUUCAUCUUUCCUGCAUUGCCUAUGUUCUCGUCGCAAAUUUAGAAGUUGGAAGCCUUAGUCAAACCCUGAACCAAAGACAACUGAAGUUGAUACAACUUAUCAAGAGCUUGAUCUUUCGAAAAUGA